UUUUUUGAAGGAUCCUUGGUUAUUAAUUAUUCUAAUAUUUUUUCUAUAUGUUUUAAUGCUACUUAAUUAUUAAUUAUUGUAGAUCUUUCUCUUACUAUAUUUUAUGUUGACUCCUUUAUACCAAUCAGAAUACAUAAAAUUCUCUUGAUUAAUUAAACAAAAUUAUAUUAAUGAAUUAUAUUUUUAUUAUUUAUCUUAUCAAACACUUUUCAACUUAUUUCAAGUUAUUUUAAUAUUUGUUAAACAUUUUUAAAAUAAAAAAUUUAUUCAAUAAUAAAUUUGACCUACUUUAAUCUAAUCCAAUCACUUGGUAAGACUCUAUCAGUUCUAGAAAAAUGGGUUUAAUGAUAUGAGAUCUCUUCCAACAAGGAAAGUAGACUUGCACAACCCCUAUAAAUAAUACCCAUAAGAAGCAGAGGAGAACAAAACAAAAAAUUUCAUAUCACUCAAAACAAAUAUGAACGAAGUUGGAAAAGAUGAAUAUUUGUGCAUCAGUUUCAACAACUAUGGACUUGUACCGGAUAUUGCUGCUAAAAUCUCCGAUGAAUGUCAGGCGGAGGAGAACAAUAGCGAAGAGGACUUUGAAUUCUCGUUAGCCUCUGAAAAUUCGGAUAAAUCAAUUGCGAAAUUCAUCUAUGACACUCCGACUAAAUUCCAGCAGCCAAUUUUCCCUCUUUUCAAUAGGGAUCUAUUGUUAAGUGAUUCAGAUUUGAAUGAUAUUGAUAAAUCAACUCCGCUGAAGAAAUUGUAUCUAGAAAAAAAUAAAUCAUUGGAGGAGACGAUACCUGCCACAAGUUACUGUAUGAGGAAGUCGAAGAUAAGUGAGCCAUCACCAAGGAAAUGGAAUAAAAGUAAAUCAACUGGAUUUGGGCCGAGGAUCCGAGAUCUGUUAUGGAGGAGUAAUAGUGGAGGGAAGGAAAAGGACAAUUUUCUAUUUCUCACAAGAAAAGCAAAAUCAAAAAAUUCCAAUGAGGUUUGGAAGACGGACGGGAAAUUAUUGAAGGAGACGAAAAACAGCAGAGGAGAGAAGGGUUUACCGGCUGCGGAAAGCACUCAUAGGAUUUUUUGCUAUUUGUAUGGGUAGAAGUUAUCGACGAUUCUAACAUGCAAAUACAAAUGUUUCUAGAAAACAUUGGUGUAGAGUUUGAGUUUUUCACAUGCAAAUGCUUCUAGGAAACAUUGUUACAAAAAUUGUUUUUUGCGUUUUAGUAUAGGAUUUUAUCACCAACCAUUUCUACAUAGAUGUUGCUUUUUUACUUUCGAAUUCUAAAAUUGAAAACAUUUUGACAA